AUGGACUCAGACCCAGGAAAGCUUUUUAUUGGAGGUAUCUCAUGGGACACGACGGAGGAUAGGCUGAACGAGUACUUCCAGACGUACGGAGAGGUCAAAGAGGCGGUGAUCAUGAAGGAUCGGAUGACGGGCAAAUCUCGCGGUUUUGGUUUCGUCGUAUUUACUGACCCUGAAGUGGCGGAUCGCGUGCUUAAUGAGAAGCACACUAUCGAUGGCAGACAGGUGGAAGCUAAAAAAGCUGUUCCUCGAGACGAGCAGAAUCCGCCUAAAGAACUCGAUUCCUCUCAAGGCAACACGUCAGGAGAACAAGCAGCAGCCGGAGCCGACGGCGCCGACGGUGAGAAGCCUUCACAGUCUCAGCCUUCCCAGUCGGAGCCAUCCCAGUCCACAAAGAAGAUUUUUGUCGGCGGGCUCGCAUCCACCGUCACGGAGGACGAUUUCCGUCAGUACUUUGAGGAGUUCGGCACGAUCACGGACGUCGUCGUGAUGUACGACCACAACACACAGAGGCCGCGCGGCUUCGGCUUUAUCACGUACGACUCGGAGGAAGCGGUGGAGCGCGUGCUGCAGAAGACGUUUCACGAGCUCAAGGAGAAGAAGGUCGAAGUCAAGCGCGCCGUGCCCAAGGAUCGCGGUGGCUCUCGCGGCGGCUAUGGCGCAAGAGGGGGGUACGGAUAUGGCGGGUACGGUGGCGGCGGGGGUUACGGCGGCGGAGGCGGCGGCGGCGGCGGCUACGGGGCUCGCGGCGACACCCGGUACUCCGGCGGGUACGGAGGCGGCGGUCGCGGGUACGGCGGGUACGGCGGCGGCUAUGGAGCGUACGGCGGUCAGUACGGCGGUGGGAUGAACGGGGGCGGGUAUGGCGGAGGGUACGGGUGGGGCGCCUUCGGCGGAAGCGCUGGUGCUUACGAGGGAGGGUACGGGGCUGCUGGCGGUUAUGGCGGAAGUUACGCCGGAUCUCCGGGCGGGUCCGGGUAUGGUGCAGGCGGCCGGUCCCAAUGGCCCGCUGGGUACGGUCAGGGCGCGGCGGGUGGUGGUUAUGGCGGUGGCUCUGCGGGUGGUGCGUCUGGCUAUGCGCCGGGAGGCAACUGGGCCGGAUCUCAAGGUGCUUCGGGCGCCGCCGGCCAAGGCUACGGGUACGGUUACGGAGGGGCGGAAGGGUAUGGCGCAGGGGCUGGCAGUGCAUCCAAGCGGCGGAGGUUUGAUACAGACUAUGCACGGCGCGACUGGGGCUACUGGCAACAGUGA